AUGGAAGCUAACUCAGAAUCAUUAGAAAAUGUGAAAAAUGAAGAAGAAGAAAUGGAGGAGCAAUCGUCUCCAAGGGGUGUUUUGGAGACACCCAUAUCGGGUUCGGACUCAGAUCAUAGCAGCAGCCUGGAGAGAAGCAGCAGUUUUGAUAACGAGCAAAAAGGAAUUUCAGGGGAAUUAGGCUACAGGUUACAAUGGAAGAAUUUGUUGGUUCGGAUAAAGAAGAGGACUUCGAUGAAGAAAUUCACAACAAUUCCACUGUUGGGUGGAUAUGACCUAUCGAAGAAGAGCUCGAAAGGAAAAUUGGGGAGAAAUCGUAGUGCAGAAGACGCCAUUGAUUGUGGAGGUUUUGUAGUCCCUAAGCCAUCUUGGAGAAAUUUUACCUAUGAGGAACUCAAACAAGCUACUGAUAAUUUUAGUCCUGAUAAGUUGCUUGGGAAAGGAGGUCAUGCAGAAGUGUACAAAGGAUGCUUAUCUGAUGGUCAAAUCGUGGCUGUUAAGAAGGUAACGAAGAAAGAGAAGAACAAUGAGGACAGAGUCGGGGACUUCUUGUCCGAGCUUGGGAUCAUCGCUCAUAUUGACCACCCGAACGCUGCUAGAUUACUCGGGUUCAGUGCAGAUAAUGAUUUGCACCUUGUCCUCCAAUUUUCUCCACAUGGCAGCCUUGCCUCAGUUCUGCAUGGUUCCGAGACGAGUCUAGAAUGGAAAAAAAGGUAUAAGGUGUUUACCGGGGUAGCUGAAGGAUUGCAGUAUCUUCAUUAUGACUGCCAAAGGCGCAUAGUUCACAGAGACAUUACAGCCUCGAACAUAUUACUCUAUGAAGAUUAUGAAGCCCAGAUAUCUGAUUUUGGACUAGCAAAAUGGCUUCCAGAAAAAUGGCCUCAUCAUGUUGUUUCUCCCAUUGAAGGCACUUUUGGAUAUAUGGCUCCGGAGUAUUUCAUGCAUGGAAUAGUUCACGAGAAGACUGAUGUAUUUGCCUUCGGAGUUUUGCUAUUGGAGCUCAUAACUGGUCGUCGUGCAGUUGAUUCUUGUAGACAAAGUCUCGUGAUGUGGGCAAAACCACUUCUGGAGAAGAACAACGUCAAAGAAUUGGCAGAUCCUAAAUUAGGAAACAAUUACGAUGUUACAGAAAUGAAUCGUGCUAUAUUUACAGCUUCAACAUGCCUUCAUCACUUGCCUGAUAUGCGUCCUAAUAUGAAGAAGGUUGUUCAGAUAUUGCGAGGUGAGAAUGAACCAGCAGACAUGAAACAAAAAUCCAUGGGAGGGAGAGCGUUGAUGGUAGAUGCGUGUGACUUGGACGAUUAUACUUCUACAACUUAUCUUAAGGACCUAAAUCGUCAUAUGGAACUAGUCAUGGAGUGA